CAUGUUAAAUACCCUUGGUCUCUCAGGCUGCUGGUUUGAUUUCAAAUGAUUCUGUACUUCACAUCGCUCCGUCCACAUCAUACCAUAUCAUAAUUUCCUAGAAUGUCCUCCUUCAUCAUCAAAGACGCCCGUGUCUUCACAGGCCGCACCGUCUACGAAACCGGCUACGUCCAUGUUGCGGACGGUAAGAUCGUCGCAGUUGGUGAAAACGAGCCCACAGACACAUCUCCAGAUCUCCAUGUCAUCUCGAGACCAGGCCACACGCUCCUUCCCGGACUGAUUGAUUGUCAUGUACACGCCGACAAAGGUAACGAGAAUGCACUGUACCAAAGCAUCAGGUUUGGCGUUACAACGGUUUGUGAUAUGCACAACGAGCCUUGGAACAUCGAGAAGUUGAGGAAGUUAGCGGGAAGCUCCAAAGAAGUGUCUGACCUGAAGGCGGCCGGGUUGGCGGCAACAGUAGAUGGAGGCUGGCCCAUGCCGGUUGUUACUGCCCACGACAAAUCUCAGGAAACGCUCGACGAGAUCAAAACCUGGCCAAAACUCAAGAAUGAAGAAGACGUUGAAACAUAUUUGGACUCGAACGUUGGAAACGGCGCGGACUUCAUCAAGCUCAUGAACGAGUCAGGAUCCUUCAUGGGCAAGGUGUUUCCUCGGCCUUCACCAGCUCUUCAAGCCGCACUCGUCCGUGGUGCACAUGCUCGCGGACUUAAAACUACCGCGCAUGCACUGUCUCGCGAUGAUACACUCGGCAUACUUCGCGCAGGAACUGAUGGUCUGGCCCAUACAUUCGUAGACAAACCGAUCAACGAUGAAAUCGUCGAUGCUUUCAAGACAAAUAACGCGUGGCUAAACCCAACACUCAGUACCAUCGGCAGCAUGUGCUCAGAAGGUAAGGCAAUGCAGCAUCAAUAUGCCCAUGACCCACGCAUUCAAAAUCUAUGCGCCACUGCAGAGAGAGAGAAGACAUGCAAGUGUUUGAGCAUGGCAACUGAGUCUUGUAAAUGGGAAUAUGCAUUUGGUGCAGUGAAGAAGCUCAAAGCCGAGGGCAUUGAUAUCGUGUGUGGCUCUGACUCUGCUGGACCUGCACUGGGUACCGCAUAUGGACUUACAAUGCACCAGGAACUAGCUCUUUUCGUGCAGAAAUGUACAUUCUCACCAGAAGAGGCCCUCCGAGCUGCCACGGCGACCAUCGCUGAUCGGUUCGGCUUCAAUGACCGUGGCGUUUUAGAAACCGGUCGCAGAGCCGAUCUCAUGCUUGUGGAGGGCAAUCCCCUCGAAGAUAUUGACAAUACCCUGAACCUAAGAGGUGUAUGGCGUGAAGGCCAUUUGCAUAGUAUCUGGACUGAGAAGAAAGCCUAAGGCUCGAUGAAGCAGAAAUAGAUCGGCCGUGCGAACAGGGGCUUUCC